CGUUAGUAGAACUUCAAGAUGACAGAAGAGCAAGAUCGUCGCCAGAAGGCCCUUGUAGAGUACCGUAAAAGGUUAAUGGAGCAUCGAGAAAUAGAUGCCAGAUUGAAGUCUUUGCGGGAACGAACGAAAGAUUUGACUAAGGAAUACGACAAGUCCGAAAACGAUUUGAAGGCCUUGCAGAGCGUUGGGCAGAUCGUUGGAGAAGUUCUUCGACAACUGACGGAAGAGAAAUUGAUUGUCAAGGCAUCCAAUGGUCCUCGCUAUGUUGUUGGCUGUCGUCGUCAGGUCGAUAAAUCAAAGCUGAAGCAAGGCACUAGGGUUGCUCUAGACAUGACUACUCUCACAAUUAUGAGGAUUUUGCCUCGAGAAGUUGAUCCUCUUGUCUUUAACAUGACAACAGAGGAUCCUGGAGAUGUCACUUACUCUAGCGUUGGAGGCCUUGGUGAACAGAUAAGAGAACUCAGAGAGAUUAUUGAGUUGCCACUUCUAAAUCCUGAACUUUUUGAGCGUGUUGGAAUAAAUCCUCCAAAAGGUUGUUUGUUGUAUGGACCACCAGGAACUGGAAAGACUUUGUUAGCAAGAGCUGUUGCUCAUCAACUGGAUGCAAAUUUCUUGAAGGUUGUUUCAAGCUCUAUAGUGGACAAGUACAUUGGAGAAAGUGCCCGCCUCAUUCGAGAGAUGUUUGGUUAUGCAAGAGAUCACCAGCCAUGUAUUAUCUUUAUGGAUGAAAUAGAUGCAAUAGGGGGUCGCCGUUUCUCAGAAGGUUCAUCAGCUGAUCGGGAGAUUCAGAGGACCCUGAUGGAGUUGCUAAAUCAGAUGGAUGGCUUUGACAAGUUAGGACAGGUCAAGUUUAUUAUGGCAACAAAUCGACCAGAUACUCUUGACCCGGCUUUACUUCGUCCAGGACGUUUAGACAGAAAAAUACAAAUUGCACUUCCGAAUGAGCAAGCUCGGCUUGAGAUUUUGAAAAUUCAUGCAGCGCCAAUAACAAAGCAUGAUGACAUUGAUUUUGAAGCUGUUGUGAAGCUCUCGGAUGAAUUCAAUGGUGCCGAUCUUAGAAAUGUCUGUACAGAAGCAGGUAUGUUUGCUUUACGAGCCGAACGAGAGUAUGUUGUAAACGAAGACUUUAUGAAGGCAGUUCGCAAAGUUUCAGAAGGAAAGAAGCUUGAAACAAAACUAGAAUAUAAACAGGUCUAGUUUGACUGGGAUUGAACUAAUUUUACUUGAGAGAAACAUGCGUGGAAAGUGUGUUUCUACUGUAUGAAGUUAGUGAUGCAAGUUCGUAGGGUAAGUGAACAAGAGCACGUAAAGCCAUUUGUGUUGUAUGAGAAGACCUAUAUACAUACAGUAGUGAUUUCAUCUGUUGUAUGUAAGUAAGACUGGACAUUAUACAGUGAGUGAAGUUUUGGGCAACUGGCUGCACGACCUGAAGCAGUCUCAACAAUCACAUUUUUUGUUGUAUGUUUUCUACUGUUUCCUACAAACAUGUUACAAAACAAGAGCUGUAUUUGACAUAUUUUUACUACAAUGUAGCUCUUACAGUUA